AUGGCAGUGCUGGGUAAGAAGAUGGAGCGGGGAGAGCAUUUGGGGCGUGAGGAAGAGACCACCAGCGGAGAGCCCCUACUGUGUGGAGGUGCUUCGGGGGAUGGCAAGAUAAAAUCGGAUCUACCAAAUGGGGCAACAGUCAACACUUUCCACAGACAGUAUGUGAGAGGAGGGAAAGAAUCCCCUAAGAGGCGCCCACCGCCUGAUGUUCCAAGGUGCUGCCGCCAAGGGGCCUUCCGCAUGGAGAGCAGAGACUCCAGCUCGAGGAGCAGUAAGACCAAGGGCAUACCCGGGACCUUGAGCACCGCUGUGCAUGAGCACCUGCGGAAGCUGUGUCUGCGUGAAUUCCCAUGUGGCACCGGGAGCUGGAAUAAGUCACGCUUUCUUCCUCAAACAUGGCGAGCCUGGAGGGACUUGGUCCCCGAGGAGGAAGAGACCUUGAGUGCCAGGGAAGAGACUGUGGAGGCCCUGCUCGACCUGGUGCAAAGCGAGCACUCGCCCUGGGCUCUGCUGAAGGAUUCCAGUACUGAGGACCGGUUCCUGAGAGAACUGGCCAUCCAGAAUCCACUGAUGAUCAAAGACACUUUCUUCUACUCCUACUUCCGGUCCCUGCGCAUGGUGGACAAGGAGGUGAGCCUUGUGGACAAAGACCUCUUAAAAUUUCUGAAGCUGGAGGAGUUGGUUCUGAGUGCCAACAAAAUUGAGGAAAUCGAUGCUAACAAUCUGCCCCCAACGUUGAAGGUGCUGGAGCUAUAUGGCAACUUGAUCACCAGUAUGGAGUGUCUGUGCUCACCGCCACCCCCAAACCUGCAGCACUUGGGGCUAGGCCACAACAAACUGCUGGGGCCUCUGGAGAGUCUGUAUGUCACCUCCAACAACUGGCCCAAACUCGUCUCCCUGGACCUGGGCUUCAACGACUUGACGGACGUGCAGAGCAUGGUAGCUAGUCUCGGUACCUUGCAGCACCUGAGGCUGCUAAUACUGCAGGGCAACCCACUGGCCCUGGUGCCUUACUACCGCGGCUUUGCCGUGGACAGCCUGGCACACCUCUGUGUGCUGGACGACAUCACCGUGUCUCCCAGCGAGAAGCACCACUUCCGGGGACUCAGCAUACAUGGUGACCUGUUGGCACGUGAGGCACAGUUUGUGGUGACUGUUGGAAAUGUCAGGGGGGUCAUGGACUCCUCUGUCUUGGACCCAGAGCCAGGGCCUGAAGGGCCUUUCAUCAGCUACAGCUAUUAUGUGACCUAUGACUUUGUGGAAGAUGAAGACAGCGAAGGGAAUGUGUCCCACAGUGGGAUGGCGGAGACACAUCCAGACAGUGUUCUGGCUGAGGAGAUUGUCCAGCCCUCCUCCAGUGUGGAGCAGUUAGAUGAGAUAGGGGGCGAGGAGGACCAGCAGAGCCAUCCAGUGCCCCAGCGCCGGACCAAACAGGCUCGCCAGGCCCGCCAAGGUGGCCAUCAUCCGGAGUCUCCUGAGGUCAUAACCAAGGAGAUGUCUGAGUUUAUAGCCGAGGAAAUGAAUCUGAUGGCCGGGGACUCCGCCGAGUCUGGGGUAACAGAUAUGGAGGAGUCGGAGACAACCAUUUCCAUACGCUCUGCCCCCCUGCCACAGUCUCUUGCCUCUUCAGAAGAGCUGUCCAAGCUGCGGCCACUAAUAGAUCCACCGCACUGUCCAUCCCCAGGGACGGUCCUCUUCAGCACUGUCCCCAAGCCCUGGACCGAUGUCAUCCCUUGCAACUAUGAGAUGAAGCAUACCCUCAAGGAGCUGGUGCGGGUCAAGGCCUUCCUGCUGGCAGGGACCACUGUGACCAUCGUAGAGGAGAAGAUCCUCUCCUGGCCUGUGAUGCCAACUCCUGUGGAGAGUCCCUUGCCUGCCAAGAAGGGGAAAGGAGACAAAAAGGAGAAAGAAAAGAAACAGAAAGCAGAGGAGGCCGCCAAGGAAAAAAAGGGACUCAAGAAAAAAAAGGAGCCUCCCAGGGAGCUUCGCCAGGACCCGCCCGUGUUGCGUGUGCUGGGUAGUGGCCUGGUGUGCCUGGAGCCCUUGCUGGCAGGGGAGUCAGUGGUGACCACCGUGUGUAAUUUUGGGGUGGUCCGCACCGUUGAGUCCGACAAGCUGACUUAUGCCAGGGAGUCAAAGAAGAUAAAGAAAGUUCCCAAAAAAGAAAAGUCAAAAAUGGCGACUCCAACCUUCGAAGGCUCGUAUCAGCCAGAGCCCCUGACCGUGGAGAUCCAGAUCCAGCUGCAUCAGUUCCGCUCGGUGGAGGAAGCAUUCCUCAGUCUGAUUGACUAGCCGUGAGAGUAAAGGAUGCUCUGUGGCUAGA